AUGGCUUCUUCUGGGUUUAUUUUGCGACCACACUUGCUGAGAGCUGCUUGUUGUCUUGUGUUUUGUGCUCUUCUGCUCUUGCCAGACGCGACACUUGCAAAGCAUUCACAAUUAACAAGGCACUACAAUUUUGAAAUCAAAUUGCAGAACUUGACAAGGCUUUGUCAAACGAAGAGCAUUGUAACUGUCAAUGGGCAGUUCCCAGGGCCAAGAAUCAUAGCAAGAGAAGGAGACAGGCUUGUGAUCAGAGUUGUUAACCAUGUUAAGAACAACAUCACCAUCCAUUGGCAUGGUGUGAGACAAUUGAGAAAUGGUUGGGCAGAUGGACCUGCUUAUAUUACUCAAUGCCCAAUUCUAAGUGGCCAAUCUUAUGUUUAUAACUUCACAGUUAGUGGUCAAAGAGGCACAUUAUGGUGGCAUGCUCACAUUUCAUGGCUAAGAGCAACUCUUUAUGGUCCCAUCAUCAUCCUCCCCAGCAAGCAUGUUCCUUAUCCAUUUCCCCAACCCUUCAAAGAACAAACCCUCACAUUUGGAGAGUGGUGGAAAGCAGAUACAGAAGCUGUUAUCAAUCAGGCAAUGCAAACAGGUUCAGCACCCAAUCUCUCUGAUGCUUACACCAUUAAUGGCCUUCCUGGUCCUCUCUACAACUGCUCUUCUAAAGAUACAUUCAAGCUUAACGUGAAACCAGGAAAAACCUAUCUGCUUCGUCUGAUCAAUGCAGCACUCAAUGAUGAGCUUUUCUUUAGCAUUGCCAACCACACAUUCACUGUCGUAGAAGCUGAUGCUGUUUACGUUAAACCUUUCGAAACAAACGUUGUCCUCAUCACACCUGGCCAAACGAUGAACGUCCUUCUCAAAACAAAGCCUAACCCACCAAACGCCACCUUCCUCAUUGCCGCUAGACCCUACGCCACCGGUCCGGCUACCUUCGAUAACACCACCGCCGCCGGAAUUCUCCAUUACAAGAAAAACUCACCACCACCACCAAACCCUAACCUAAACAACAAAAAACUUCCUCUUCUAAAACCAUCGCUUCCAAAGUUCAAUGACUCGGCCUUUUCAAUGAACUUCAACAACAAGAUUCGAAGCUUAGCCAACGCAAAAUUCCCGGCAAAAGUUCCAAAAUCUGUUGACAGACACUUCUUCUUCACUGUAGGCUUAGGGAUUAUCAAGUGCUCACAGAACCAAACGUGCCAAGGACCAAACAACACAAGAGUCGCAGCUUCCAUUAACAAUGUCUCCUUCGUGCAGCCAAACGUGGCUUUACUUCAAGCCCAUUUCUUCAACAAAUCAAAAGGAGUAUAUACAACUGAUUUUCCGGCGAACCCACCUUUCAAAUUCAACUAUACUGGGACCCCACCGAGCAAUAUUGUGGUGAACAGUGGGACUAAAGUGGUGAUGUUGCCUUAUAACACGAGCGUGGAGCUUGUUCUUCAGGAUACGAGCAUUAUUGGUGCAGAGAGCCAUCCACUUCACCUUCACGGAUUUAACUUCUUUGUGGUGGGUCAAGGUAUUGGAAAUUUUGACUCUAAAAAAGACCCUUUGAAGUUCAACGUGGUUGAUCCAGCUGAGAGGAACACUGUAGGUGUACCAUCUGGUGGGUGGGUGGCGCUUCGUUUCCUCGCAGACAAUCCAGGGGUGUGGUUCAUGCACUGUCACCUUGAGGUGCAUACAAGUUGGGGCUUGAAAAUGGCUUGGAUUGUUCAAAAUGGAAAUGGACACCAUCAGAAGCUGCCACACCCACCGUCUGAUCUUCCCCAAUGUUAAUUAACCUCUUCAAAUAUCUUAUUUUUGUUUUUUUUUUUAAAUUGUAGCUAGGGUUAAUCACUUAUAAUAUUCUUUUAUUCACUGUGGAACUUGCUGUUUCAAAUUUUAUUGUUUUAGGCAAUUGAAUUAUAAAGAUCUGAGGAUCCAAGAAUUUUGUCUGCUUUAAUUUGAUAUCAGAAGGAAUGAAA